ACUCUCGGUCACUCAAUCAGUGCUUAGUGGAGAGGUGUUUUCCUUUUCAGCUUCAGCUUUUGCAUCUCUCCUCUUCCUUGAUUCCCUCUGUGUUUGCGCCCUAAAACCAAACCCCCGGGCAUCCAAACGUACCACAUUCUCCCGCAAUCGGAAAAUGGAACCUCGCAGAAACCCCCGCACUGUGAUCGACCCCAAGGUCCGUCAGGUCGGUUUCUUCGCCCCCCCCGACCGCUCCCAGUCUGGCCUGCCCGACGCUGCGUCCCCCGUCCACGCCUCCUCCUCCUCCCCCUCCGGCAAUUCCCUCUCCCCGGUCAUGAUUCCCCCACCGCGUCACCAUUCCGACAACCUCAUCCCUCCCCUGCCCUCCCCCCGCUCGGUCCCUCACCCUGCCGUUCCCUCCAGCUACACCGCCGCUUCGGAGUUCUCCCCGACCGCCGCCUCGUCUUACUCGAGCGGCAGCAGGUUCCCCGGCGAUGGCGAUGACGUGUCGUUUUCUCCCGGUAGGCUCGCGAAGGAGAAUUCUGUCAAAGUCAUGGCCAGUAGCGUCCCCACUGUGUCUUUGGUCAACAAGCCUCCUCUUAAUAUCGCGGCUACAGAUAAAGCUGGAGCUGAAGUGCUGAAUGACCGGCCGAAAGCCCCAAAGGAGAAAAUGUCAAAAGCCGAAAGACGCGCACUUCAAGAGUCCCAGCGAGCUGCAAAAGCAGCUGCUAAAGCGGAAGCAAGUAAGGGCCCUGCUGGUACUCCCGGGGCAGCACCAGCUAAACCAGCAAAGGCUGCUUCUAGGAAGAGUGAUGUUGCCUCAGCUUCAGUUACUGCAUCUGAGAAGAAGGGUGGUGAUCGACCUACGGAAAAAGAAAGGAAGAAGGAUGUUCCUCAUCCACGCAUGCAAUAUGAUGAUACAAGUAGAGUGGAGAAGGCUAAGAGGAGAGCAGUUGUCAAACAAACUGAAGCGAGAAACAGGGUUGAAUUAUUCAGGCAUUUGCCACAAUAUGAACAUGGAAGUCAGCUCCCUGAUCUUGAGUCGAAGUUUUUCCAACUCGACCCCAUGCAUCCAGCUGUUUACAAGGUUGGAUUGCAUUACUUAUCAGGAGAUAUAUCUGGCGGCAAUGCCCGGUGUAUAGCCAUGCUUCAAGCAUUUCAAGAGGUCAUUAAAGACUAUUCAACUCCACCUGAAAAAACUUUGAGCCGAGAUUUGACUGCCAAAAUAAGUAGUUAUGUUUCAUUUUUCACUGAGUGUCGCCCGCUUUCAGUUAGCAUGGGGAAUGCAAUUAGAUUUUUGAAAAGUCGAAUUGCCAAGUUACCUUUAACCAUGUCAGAAUCAGAAGCCAAAACAACUCUACAGUCAGAUAUUGAUCAUUUCAUAAAUGAGAAGAUUAUAGUUGCCGACAAGGUCAUUGUUAGUCAUGCCGUUACAAAGAUCAGAGACGGUGAUGUUCUUCUAACAUAUGGAUCAUCCUCAGCAGUAGAAAUGAUUCUGCAACGUGCCCACGAACUUGGCAAGCAGUUCCGUGUUGUGUUGGUAGACUCUCGGCCGAAACUUGAAGGGCAACUCUUGCUCCGUAGGUUGGUGGCAAAGGGUAUUAGCUGUACAUACACACACAUAAAUGCCAUUUCAUACAUCAUGCAUGAAGCUACUCGAGUCUUUCUGGGGGCUUCGGCUGUUUUGUCAAAUGGAACAGUAUACUCACGGGUUGGGACUGCAUGUGUAGCAAUGGUUGCUCAUGCUUUUGAUGUGCCAGUUUUGGUCUGCUGUGAAGCAUAUAAGUUUCACGAAAGGGUACAGCUCGAUUCAAUAUGCUCCAAUGAGCUUGGUGAUCCUCAUGCCAUUGCGAAUGUUCCUGGUCGAGAGCAACUUAAUUUUUUGGAUGGCUGUGCAAAGAGUGAUAAUCUGCAGCUUUUGAAUCUGAUAUAUGAUGUGAUGCCCUCGGAUUAUGUUUCUAUGAUAAUCACUGACUACGGCAUGGUCCCACCAACGAGUGUGCCGGUGAUUGUUAGAGAAUACCGGAGGGAGCACCUAUGGAUGUAACAUUUGAUGAAUAAAGAAUAUCACAGCAGCUUGAAAAAUUUUGACGGAGACUGAGCUGCUUCGACCUUACCAACUGCUGCAGUGGCUGGAAAUAAACCUCAAAUUUUUUGUGUUUGUUUUACCUUUCAUUUUUAUCGUCCCAUGACGCAGUGCGCCUCAUUCAGCUACAUAAACGGCUAGUAUUUUUGCUCACCUGACUCAGUGAAGAGUGCGAUUCUUUUCGUCUCUCCGGGCAGCUUAUAGUGGUGCAAUUUUUGUCAGUUGUAAUCUGUUUUGUUUUAUUGGUUCAUGUCUUGUGGAACUGUCAUUUCUUAUUUUGUAGGGAGCUGUGAUAGUUUCUCGUCUUGGUCGAGUGAGCAGUGAUUGUACUCUUGGGAAAUUACGUGGAUUCACUGGUUUUUCUUGCGAGUAA